ACCACAACUUGACCCAUCACCACCACCUGUCUUCCCUGGUCCUCCUUCUUCUCACUCCUCAACUGCCUCACUCUCUCUCUCUCUCCCUAACGCCACCGUUACUUAACGCCGGCGAACGGUUACCGCCGUCCGAACCACCACUGCUUGCUGCGCCGCCGUGGCAAUGUUGAGAGGAACAGUGUCGGUGCCUGUUGUGCUCCUUCUCUUCCACUCUCUUCUUCUUCUGCUGCUGCUGUUGCUACCUUCUUCCUCGCUCGCUAUCAGACCCACCGAGUUCGAUCGGGUUGAACUCGCCAACGCCACCGAGUCCAAUGUCUCGCUCUCUAGACCCAGCAGCUUCGCCGACAUGAUUGAUCGAGCUCUCGAGCACGAGUUCACCGAGAACGACCAGAACGAAGCAGCAGCUGAUGCGGGAAGCUUCAACAAUAGUGUAGCAGAACAACAGGCUGUUCUGGAAACUGUGGCCAGAGUCAAGCAAAACAAGAAUGACACAAAAGAUGAGCAUUCAUUUCACCAUGCAUUUAAUAGAGGUGAGGAAACCCCAAUGUUGAUAGAUCGAAAGGACAAUGUCUUUAUCAUUUCUAACUUCAAAUCCAAGUAUCCGGUGCUGCAGCUAGACUUACGGUUGAUUUCAGACCUGGUAGUUGCUAUUGUUUCGGCAACUUGUGGCGGUGUUUCAUUUGCUUUUGCUGGACAACCGGUCAUUACUGGAUAUCUUCUAGCUGGCUCCAUAAUUGGACCUGGUGGUUUUAACUUCAUCAGCGAAAUGGUGCAGGUUGAAACAGUGGCUCAAUUUGGUGUAAUAUUUCUUCUGUUUGCAUUGGGCCUGGAGUUCACUAUGACAAAGCUUCGAGUUGUUCGAUAUGUUGCUGUUCUUGGAGGCCUACUUCAGAUUUUUCUAUUUAUGUGCAUGUGUGGAGUUACUGUAUCGUUAUGUGGUGGUAAAGCUUCAGAAGGGGUUUUUGUUGGUGCUUUCCUUUCUAUUUCAUCAACAGCAGUGGUAUUGAAGUUUUUGAUGGAAAAGAACACUACUAAUGCCCUUCAUGGACAGGUCACGAUUGGGACCCUUAUUUUGCAGGAUUGUACUGUUGGAUUGCUUUUUGCACUGCUUCCAGUUCUAGGUGGCACCUCAGGUGUUUUUCAAGGAGUUUUAUCAAUGGCAAAGUUGUUGGUGACACUGAUUGCAUUCCUUUCUGUUCUGUCAAUAUUAUCUCGCACCUGCCUUCCGUGGUUUCUUAAACUGAUGAUAAGCCUAUCAUCACAGACCAAUGAGCUCUAUCAAUUGGCGUCAGUUGCAUUCUGCUUGCUUGUAGCCUGGAGUAGUGAUAAGCUGGGACUGAGUCUAGAGCUAGGUUCCUUUGCUGCUGGAGUGAUGAUUGCAACCACUGAUCAUGCUCACCAUACUCUAGAGCAAGUUGAACCUAUUUGCAAUUUUUUUGCUGCUCUUUUUCUAGCGAGCAUUGGAAUGCUGAUUCAUGUUCAUUUUCUCUGGAACCAUGUUGAUAUUUUGGUAGCAUCUGUUAUAUUGGUGGUAGUUAUAAAAACUAUCAUAAUUGCUUCUGUGGUGAAAGGAUUUGGAUACAAUAACAAGACUUCAGUACUUGUUGGAAUGUCAAUGGCACAGAUUGGAGAAUUUGCUUUUGUGCUUCUAAGCCGUGCUUCUAAUUUUCAUCUAGUUGAGGGUAAACUCUAUCUUCUGCUUCUUGGGACCACAGCUCUUAGUCUGGUGACAACUCCUAUACUUUUCAAGCUAAUUCCUGCUGUAGUGCAUCUUGGUGUGCUAUUGAGAUGGUUCUCUCCUGACAGCUCGGUGGAGAUUGCAUAUAAGGUAGAUAACCUCCGCUCAGAGAGCGGUAAGCUGCGGAUAAUUUUGAUGGACCAAGAAUCUCAUGAUUCGUAAUCACUGCACUGCCAAAAGGAUUUCCAUUUUUGCACGACUAUAAGUUUUGACAGGGUUUUCGAAGGUGGUGUUCGAAGAAUUUGAUCUAACUACUGCAAUUUUUUAUUGAAUCAUUCAAACCCAUUCCGUGGUGGGUAUUUGCAUUCGGAAUUGACCAAAUACUAACAAAGGAAACUACUCUGAAACCCCAUUAAUGGAAAGAACAGGGGAGAGCAAGGAUAGAAAAAAUGAAAGCAAAAAGCUAUGUGGAAGAUAUUCAUUCCACAACUCCAUUUUACAUUAUUUUUUUCUUCUUCUUUUUGGCUGGGAAUGCUCUGAAGUGUAUGAUAUGGUUUGUUCUGUGUAUUCUGAAAAGCCAUUGUCCUUAUUUCUGCAAGUGUAGUUUGUAUCAAAAGUUUUCUUUCUAGCAUCUGUGCCAUCAAUUGUGUGGCUUGGCUUUGUGUAUCUAAGGCAAUUUGUAAUGUGUUUUGGACACAGCAGUUGAUAUGUAUGUAUGUAAGUGUAAAUUAUAAUUGA